GUCAGGUAUAAAAAGGAUCCGCCAUGGAUCUUAUUUCCCCUCAUCCAAGCUCCUUCUCUUCUUCCAGCUCUUUCCAACACUUCAGAAAUAAGCAAACUUACUCUCUUCUCUUUUUCUUUUUAACCACAUACACACACAAUUCUCAUCAACAUGACUCCACGAACCCGAUCCCUCAGCUCUGCAUUCCUCCUCCUCUCGUAUGUUUCCACGCUCCUCUUGAGUGCCUCCUUUGCACCUUCGGUCUUCGCUCAGUCCUUCCAACCAGAUGCCAAAGCCGGUCCCUCUUCUGCCUUUAUCGAAGGCCAAGGCCUGUACAUCCUAGGCGGUAACCCCCUGUCAAGCGACAACAAUUCCUCACCCGCAACCCCUCAGGCAUUCAUGAUCGACCUCUCCGUCUCCUGGAGCGCAAGCAGCCCAGCCUACAAGAAGCUCCCCGAUGGACCCAGCGCCUGGUCUCGUCCCAGCACCCUCUCUUCUGACAACAAGAACUGGUUCAAUCUCAUCAACGGUACAGGUUACGUCUAUAACUUCGAGUCCUCGCAGUGGUCCACCGCCAUUCAAAGCAGCAGUAUCAACACCGCCUAUAGACUCGGUGCAGUCACCGACCCUGAGACCGGUCUCAUUUACGUGCCUAACGGUUAUCUCGGCAAAAACAAUGAAAGCUCGAUGUUGAAGGUUGAUCUAGAGGCCAAGACCUUUGAGGGUGUGCCCAUGUCCGACGGGCUCAGCGAGUCCUACCUUUACUCCGCUGCAUGGAGCGCCGCUAUCAAGAGCCUCGUCCUCUUCACAGAGUCGAAUGAUCCCUUGUAUACAUACAGCACAUCCGAGGGAUGGACCCAUGUCACCGCCACGGGUGAUCUUCCCGGUAUACGCAGCGACAGCUGCCUUGUCCCAGCUUAUGGAGGCUCCAAGAUGGUCUUGUUUGGUGGUUACUCGAGACAGCCGGGGCUCCAGACCAGCCUGAACGAUAUCUAUAUCCUGGAUGUGGCCACUAUGACCUGGUCCCGCGGUCCUGCCACCGAUGACUCUGAAAGGCGCGACUCCUCUGCCUGUGCGAUCUCAGGCGAUUACUUCAUUGCCUGGGGUGGUGGACUCACGGAGGGAGACAGUGACGAUAAGCUCGCCCCUGGAACUCUCGUCUACAACCUCAAGUCUCAAUCGUGGACGACCGACUACGUCGCCUCGCCAUCCAACUCUAGCAGUUCACCCUCAGCCAUCACUUCUCCCUCAGCCAUCACUUCUCCCUCAGCCACCGCUUCUCCCUCCUCGUCCUCGUCUUCGUCGGCCAUGUCCUCACCUUCUUCUUCGGAAGGCCGCAAGCCCAAUGUUGCCGUCAUCGCCGGAUCUGUCCUCGGCAGCUUGUUCGUCGUCGCCGCUGUUGCCGGUGUGUUCUUCUACCGCUCUCGUGUGAACCGCGCCAAGGUCACCCAGGACAUGAACGAAAAGGCGAUGUACUCGCCCAACCUGCGAACUCGCCACGAUAAACUCGGACAGACUGGCUCGAGGGGCUCUUUGGUUUGAACGCACUCACACGCUACUACUAUUUUAUUUUGCAUCGCAUUCUUCCAACUCUUGUAUAGCUCCCCUCUUUUUUUUUUUAAUUCUCGACAUAGCCCCCUCUUCCCUCCACCCCUUUCACCAUUAUGUUCUUACCUGCUACAGCCAUUUUUUUUUUAAAAAAACUUGUAUCUUAUGAAUUCAUCCAUGCAUAGCAAUGAUCAAUAAUAAAAAAACAACGACUCUUAUCUAAGAAUCUCUCCAGGC